UGUUUGAGGUUGUCACAGGAAAGAAAAAGCAAUCAUGAUAAGAUGGAGGAGCUCUUGUAGUCUUCUAACCUCUUGUUUAGCAAGAAGACAUGCUCCCGUGGCUCUCCACUCCUCCUCGGCUCAAGCUGCAAUCGUCCGGGGAAAGACCACAACCGCAGGUACAAGCAUUUCGUCGACAAUAGACUUCUCAGAUACAAAGACAUCCUUUCAAAACAAGUCUACAUACGAGCUAUGGCGUGCCUUCGUUUUAUUCAAACUCUUCAAAUAUGAGAAACUAGUAGAUAAAAGUGAAAAGUUGCUUGGCCUGCUGAAAAGCAUAGUGGGUGAUAGGCUUUUCACUAAAGUUAUGAAGGCUACAAUCUUUGGACACUUUGUUGCAGGGGAGACUGGAGAAGAAGUGAAUUCAACACUAACAAGACUAGAAUCUCAAGGAAUCCUACCCAUACUAGCUUACUCUGCUGAAGACGAUGUAACUGAAUCAGAAACAAAGAGCACGAGUGAGAGAGAUGCUGCUACUGAAAGAGCAUGUGACAAUAACCUCAAAAAUGCCAUCGACUGUUUAAACGUUGUAGCUGAUGCAAGCCAGUAUCCAUUCAGUGCUACAAAGAUCACAGGGCUAGGACAUACAUCAUUACUGCUGCUACUAAGUGAAGUGCUAGUUGGUAGUGAGAAAGUUUUCUCUUUACUAGCUGAUAAACCAGACAUGCUGGAAGGAGUUGUUACUUCUGACUCGUUUUUGAGAGGAACAGAAAAAAUGAAACUUGGAUUUAAGGAGAAUGAAGUAGAGAAACUAUGGAAGACUUUGAAAACAAAUAGUUAUGAUAAUAAAUUGAACUUCUUUGAAUGGAAUGAUGCCUUCCUGACCGAUGGAUCUGACUUCUAUGAAGUCUUAGCAAAACAUUCUCCUCAUGAGCUAAACCUUCCAUUGAUGAGUGAGGAAGAGAAAGACCAGAUGAAAAGUGUCAUGAGAAGAAUGGAAUCAUUAGCUGACGUAGCACAAGAAAGAGGAGUGAGACUAAUGAUAGAUGCUGAACAUACUUACUACCAACCAGCAAUACGUCACAUCACUGUACACAGACUCAUGCCUAAGUAUAACAUGCAGUAUCCCUUGCUAUACAACACACAGCAGUGCUAUCUGAGAAGCAGUUUCAAUGAUCUCCUCAGAGAUAUAGCAGCCUCUGAACAUUAUGGCUACAGAUUUGCAAUAAAGACGGUACGUGGAGCUUACGUGACAUUGGAGAAGGCACUAGCGCUUAAAAAAGGCUAUCCGGAUCCUAUUUGGGGCAAAAAAUCAGAAACUGAUUCAAGCUAUCACAGAAUAUUGAACCAUGUUCUUGAGAGAGUGGGAGAAGGGAAAGCCAGCAUAAUGGUAGCGACACAUAACGAAGCUACUGUACACUUUGCACUGAAGAAAGUGAAUGAGCUCGGACUUAACAAGACAGAUUCUUCCGUCGUCUUUGGACAGCAGUACGGCAUGUCUGAUAAUCUCACCUGUACACUGGGUAGUUCAGGCCUAAUGGCUUACAAGUAUACUCCAUACGGUCCUGUAGGUGAGGUCCUCCCAUAUCUUAUAAGAAGAGCCAAUGAGAACAAAGGUAUGCUGGAUGGAGCAGUCAGAGAAAGAAGUCUUAUAUCACGAGAAUUAAAGAGAAGAUUAAUGCGGAAAAAUUGAUAUAAAGAAAUGCAAUUCAAGAACUAUAUAAUUGUUUUUUUUCUAGUUUUAUAUUUUUGCUGUUGUCAUGAAAUUUGCUCCACAAUUUA